CAAGGAACCUGACGCAAUCCUUACCACCAUCCUCCAAAACUCAAGGUUCAACUCAUGUUAGUGAUCAGUUGGUCUAAGAGGUAUAUUCUCCAUAGAGUCAGAACCAGAAAGCCAUUGAACAUCAGAAAACAUGGGAGACUGGGGUUUUCUUUCCACGUUACUGGACAAGGUGCAGUCCCACUCAACGGUCAUUGGAAAGAUAUGGAUGAGUGUCCUGUUCCUGUUCAGAAUCAUGGUUCUGGGUGCUGGAGCGGAGAGCGUGUGGGGCGAUGAACAAUCUGGUUUCAUAUGCAAUACGCAACAACCUGGUUGUGAAAAUGUCUGCUACGACUGGAUCUUCCCCAUAUCACACAUCCGUUUCUGGGUCAUGCAGAUCAUCUUCAUCUCCACUCCAACUCUUCUGUACCUGGGCCAUGCCAUGCAUGUCAUCAGCCAGGAGAACAAGCUGAGAGCCAUACUGCACAGCCAAGAAGAUAAUGGCACGUUGAAGAAGCCCAAAUACACAGAUGAAGCAGGGAAGGUCAGAAUUAGGGGAGAUUUGUUGGGCAGUUACAUGACCCAGCUAUUCUUUAAGAUCAUUCUAGAGAUCGCUUUUAUUGUUGGCCAGUACUACCUGUAUGGGUUUGUCAUGGUUCCCAUGUUCCCUUGCUCCAAAUCUCCCUGUCCCUAUACUGUAGAAUGCUACAUGUCUCGUCCCACAGAGAAGACCAUCUUCAUCAUCUUCAUGCUGGUGGUGGCCUGUGUGUCUCUGGCUCUGAAUGUGAUUGAGGUGUUCUAUCUGCUUUACACAAGAGUGAGAUGUGGCGGCUCCAAGGGGCGCACUCAUCACACUACGUCAGCAGCGAACCCCGCCACCCUCCACUCCUCUGGGUGGUCUGGUCGCGUGGAUACUGAGAUGGACCCACUGAGACAGAACAAGAUGAACCUGGGGUUUGAGAGUGGGCAGAGUUUAGGGGGUAGUCUGGAUGGAGCCACACAAGAGAAAAGGUUGCUAGGUGACCACUAAGACACUUGAAAGUUAAUUAGCCAUGAUUGUAUCUUGAUCUUUUGUAUUGUUGAAAAUCUGAAUGAAUACACUACCUGUUUUGCUUUCUUAUGUUUAUUGAUUUAAAUGCAGUGCACUAGUAGUUAGUGUAUUUUAUGUAUUGAUGUUGAAUGUUUACUGUUCAAUGCCAAUACACCUUGAAUAGAAAUGCAAUUCAGUUAUUAUAUCCCAAUGGUAUGUUCUAUGUAACAUUUUCUGUCAUAGGAAGCUUUGGGAUUUUGUAAAUCUAUUUCCCCAGUCAGAUUAAUUUGUGGAUACUAUUUCUAUGUCUCCAUGUCCAGUAUGAAGGAAGUUAGAGGUUUAGUGAGCCCAUGCUAACUAGCGUUAGCACAAUGACUGGAAGUCUAUGGGUAUCUGCUAGCAUGGAGAAGUUGAUAAAGGGCCUCAUUGCCAAAAUCCCUACCACCUGGGGUCUUGAAAUUAUUUGUAUAUUGCCUGAUGAAUGUUAACAACUGAGAUAUUGUCUAUCCUACAAUACAAUCUAGAUAUGCAGUGUUUAUUUUUUUGAAGGAAUAAAUAAAAUAUAUUGUAAAAAAAAAACAUGUUU